AAGUUUGAGAGCUUGGUGAACAAGAGUAAAGGAAACAAAGCUGAUAGCAAGAAUGGUACUGAUGGAGUGAUUGUUAGCGAUGGCGAUACAGCACAUCCUGCUGUACUGGAGGUAUGUAAAUGUUCCUGCUCUGUUGAUCUAGAGGGCUUGAAGCUUGAAAUAACAAUUUUAGAAUCGCGAUUAUUUGCCGCAAUUUCCAAAAAUGAGCUUGAGUCAGAUAUUGAUCUGCUCAGAGUUAAACAGAAAGAAUCGGAAGCCGCUAUAAGACGCCAAGACGAUGUGAUUUGUACUCUUAACGAAGAGAAUCAAUUCCUUAAAGCAAGGCUGUUGGCUCUUGAAGAGUCGUUUCUCAAGAUAACUUAUAAUGUCAAUAAAGACAAAGAACCUGGCUUAUCAGUUUACAAAGCUAAAAGUAUUGACAAAGCGGCCGCUUUUCAUGCCAGUGAACAAUAUAACAAAAGGGGUACAUCCUCGGGUAGAAGAAUUUGCAUCACAGACUACGUCAUCAGUUAG